CACGAGGAGAAGUCCGCGGUAGGAGUCGUGGCCGAAGCAUCAGUCCAACAGUCGGUUUUUGCUUUUGACGCGCGGCAGAUAGACGCAGCUGUGGUUUCGCUGAGGCGCGAUAUGCACGAGCGUGUCAUGUGACACGCGUGAUAAAGUGGUGUACGUCGCGGCGUUGCUGUACGAAAAGUAACAGUCAUUAUACAGUCGAUAAAGGAAUAAAAGAAACGGAGGGAGAGAGAGAGAAAGAGCGAGAGGAGGGGAGAGAGAGAAAGAGAGAGAGAGAGAGAGGAAAGGAUAAGAGGAAGAAUAAAUUGAAAAUAAAAUUGUUUUCGUCUGCAUAUUCUACGUGUGUGCAUUUUGUGUGCGUUAGGUGCCGAAUAUAAAUUUAAUACCGCGAGUAGUACCGCCUCUAUUGCGUGAUUGUUGUGUUUCUACCCCCACGACAUGUAACAUAUAUCGGCGAUAUACUGUACAAUACCAGCGAGUACAAUUAUGCUACCGGCGCGACACAGCGACGGGAUCGACGGACGACGAUACGCUGCCAAUACCAUUAUCAACGCGCCGUCAUCCGCCGUCACCGUCAGCAUCGCCGCCGUUGACCGCCGCACCAGGAGACAAUUCUUCUUCAACGCACCUGUCGUCGUGAAACAACAACGUGUCGGAUUCCUUGCGAACGGUUAGAGAGGGCCUCCUCGACGAAUUUUCUCUUUCUUUGUGUUACUACCGUUCCUCCCUCCCCCCGUUUUGUCUUCCCGGAGCAAAAUAUUCGGGAUAGCCUGCAGGGAAAUUACAAUUGUGAUUCUCAGUAGGUAGGUAGGUAGGUCUUAGGAAUGCGGGAGCGGGUGGCGAGGGGAGGUGGUGGUCCGUACUCGAAAUGGUUGGUCUUUCUGGUUGCGGUAGUAGCGGCGGUGCGGGUUGCGGGUGCGCCUUCGGAGAUACUAUUGUCGUCGGUCACGUCGCGAACAAAAUGUCCCGAUGGUUGCAAAUGCGCGGACAACAACGGCAGCAGCUUGGUGUGCGUCGACCGCAGCUUUCUCGGUCUUGGCUUACCAAGAGAUGUUGCGAGCGUGUCGUUGAGGAAUGUUCAGGCGGCUGCAAUUCUGGUAGCCACUCUCGAGACAUCCGAGAAACUGCGAAAUCUAGUUUGGACGUCAAGCGGCAUCAAGAGGGUGGAUCCCGGCGUGUUCCGUGCCAACACGCUGCUCGAGCGCCUCGAUUUAGGUGAUAACCGGUUGGCCGAGUUGCCGUCGGACGUCUUCCAUCCGUUGCAUCAACUUAAGUACCUGAACCUCACCAGGAAUCGGCUGUCCGCGCUACCGCAGCUAUUGUUCCACGGCCUGGAUCGCCUCCAGGAGAUCCGUCUAGCGGCGAACUUGCUCUCCGUACUGCCUUACCAGGCUUUCGCGCCCGCUAAGGAGCUCACGCGGCUCGAUCUCAGUAGUAAUCUUUUGGUCUCGUUGCCGGAUCACAGCUUCCGACCGAAUCACGAAUUGCAAGAACUUUGGUUGGCCAAUAAUAGAUUAAUGAAAUUACCGUCGCGAUUAUUUUCUGGAUUGUCGCAACUGAAGGUGCUCGAUCUUGCCGACAAUGAGAUUGACACGUUGCCACGCGGCCUCUUCAACGAUCUCACGGCCUUAGAGCAUCUCGAUCUCGAGGGCAAUCCGAUAACGCGUCUCACGGACAGCACGUUUCGAGGUCUUGCCAAUUUACGAUGGCUCAGUUUGAAUCGUUUGCCGAUCUCGUCGCUGCCGGAAAACAUCUGGCGGCCUGUCAGCAAACUGAGGAUCCUUUUGUUAUCAGGGACCAAACUAGAAAAUCUCCGAAACGGAAAUCUAGCGAGUUUAGCAGAAUUGGAGACUCUUGAGAUCAGAGAUAGUCCGUUGCGAGAGAUCGGUUAUUCGACGCUCAACGAAACACCGUCGCUGCGUAGAAUCGACCUGCGGAACAACGAUCUGGUUUUUUUGCCAGCGAACGUGGCGAAUCUGCCGCUUCUGAAUGAGUUGCAACUGCAAGGUAAUCCGUGGGCCUGCGACUGUCGUAUGUUCUGGUUUGUUAAAUGGGCGGAGAGCAGAGCGCAUUUGCAAGCGACCUUCCAAAGCGGGCUCAAAUGCGGCCACGAAGUGAACGGUGGUACCGUAGACACCCUGAAGACCUUACGCUAUCUCAAAUGCAGUCCGCCAAUUCUGAUCCGUGCUACCAGCACUCAGCAAUAUCUUCUUCUGAGCUCGGUGUUGCUGGAAUGCGAAUUUAGUGGAAAUCCUGCGCCAUCCUUGACCUGGGUCACUCCGAGCGGUCUGGUUCUCCAUUGGAUGCCGGAUCCGGGUUUUCCCGAUGCUUUUGUCGAACAUCCGCACAUACACCGCUGGCUGUCGACCGAGCCGAUCGUCGACGACGGUCGUAUACGCGUCCUGGAGAACGGUUCCCUCUACAUCUCGACGUUACUGCGGAAAGAUGUGGGCAAGUACAAAUGCACGGCGGUCAAUCCGAUCGCAAACGAGACCGUCUACGUGACUCUUCACAUGGAUCCGAUAACCUUACACAAUAUCAAGGUCUUCAGCAUCGUUAUUGGCGCGAUCAGUGCCGCGGCGUUUCUUUUGCUGACGUUGUCAUUGCAGUUGCUACAAUAUUUGUUAAUAAAGUGCGGAUGCAUUAAAUGGUGCUUGUGCUGCAGGCGCGUGGGAGUGACGCCACGGGCAAAGCAAAUUUACCAAAUGCUCGACAACAUCGAGCAGUACAAGAGCCAACAGCUUGAGAGGCUGCGGGAAAAUUACACGCAGCAAGUGCACAGAAUCAAGGACAACUGCGUGCAGCAAGUAGAGUGGAUUCGCGACAGCUAUGAGGGCCAGAUGCGUCACAUACGGGACAUUCGCGAUUACGGUACCAGUCACCUGACCGCGCUGAGGGAUCAGUAUUACGAUCAGGUAAAACGAGUGCGAGACUACUCCACCAGCCAGCUCAACUGGGUGCGCGAGAAUUACGUCUUCCAACGAAAUAAAAUUCGCAAGUUCAGCGCCCACCAGGUGUUGCGAUUGCGCGAGAGUUACAAGUAUCAACAACAGACGUUGGCAAAGGUGCUGGAAAAUCUACCAAACUUGUACUUCGACAAUUGUCGAAGCGGUUCGUGCGGCAAGAGCGGGUCUAUGGUGUUCGACCCAAGCAAAGACGACCUCAACGGUAUGGAUACUUAUUUUAAGGCAAAGAUUGACGACUUGACACCAGGUCCGAGUCUCGAAGAUGUCAACAGCGAGUAUUACACACCAACCGAGUUGUCGUCAACCAGUCCGCAUGGUCAGAAUGUGAUAGAGAACAUCCAUAUUAAUUAUAUAGAAGAGAGCGGCCCGCCACUGCCUCCACUUCCGGGACCCGUCGUCUCAGUGUUACCUGCUUCGUCGAUGCUGCAAUGCAUCGAUGAGUACGGUAGUACGUCAUCCAUUUGUAACAAUUACGAAAAUAAUAAGCCGAUCUUCAAAGGUGUCAGUGGUACGGCAAAUGUUCUGACUAAAGAAUCCCGAAAGAACAUGUCUGAGGCUCUGGGUCUUCUAGCACCUAGCAAUAGUCUCCCUGAUCUUCCACGUGAAACCAAACUCUAGCUGCCGGUAAAUUGAACCGCCGUUACAGCGUAUAAAACUGGGUUCCUGUUUUAUUGUUUAAGUUAUCAGAAACACACAGAGAGAAAGAGAGAGAAAGAGAGAGAGAGAAAAAAACCUGUUUCCUGAUAGUGAUAAAAUAGUAGCGCGGAGUGCGGAAAAUUUGAGAGAGGAUGUUCGAAAACCUUCUUCCGAGUUUGAUCAUUCAAUUGAUGAACGGGGAAGAACUGCUUUAAAGAAGAAGCUAUCAGUGCCAAGAAAGAUUCUUCUUCUGUCGGGAUCGAUGACCAUCGAUUGCAGAAAGUGUGUGCGUGUGCUAACUUCGGAGAACAAACAAAAAAAAAAAAAAAAAAAACAAGUACGGACAGCCUCCAAGAACUUUAUGACGAGGUCGACAAUGCAACUCUCAUGGUCCAUCUCAUUGCAACGUGUGCUUUUUUUCGUUGAUAAUAAUCAUCCGUUUGUUGAAAUGACCGACGGAGAUUAACAGAAGAGACGCGAACUGUGCAGCUGUCCCCCACUUCUGGCUGUAAAAAUUCUCUUUCCUCGUAAAAGGGCGAUGAAAAAAAAACAAAAAAAAACAAAAAAAAAAGGAAGGAAAAAUAAAAAAAAACUUCGCCUAGUUGUCAAUUCCAUAAAAAUCUUGAGAAGAGUUGCGAUUUCCGCGAGAAAGUUGUCCUUAAAUUCUUCUGUAAAUAGAACGUGCAUAAAAGUUUUGUAUCAGUGCCCGCGAGAAAGUCGAAGGAUCACACCCUCUAUUGCGAAAGACUGAGGCGGCAAAAUCGGCUCGUCCGCCAUCGUUUUAAUUGCUCUUUCAUCUUCUUCACCUUGAUUUCCUCGUGAGUAGUUGAAAAGCAGCGAAGAACAACACGUUUCUUUCGCACGCAUUCUCUUAUAUAUAUAUAUAUAUAUAUUUUUUUUUUUUUUGUUUGUUUAUUUUAAAGCUUGUUUAGCGUAGUACAUUACAGAAAAAAUUGCUCGAGAUAGAAGUACAUACUUAUCGAAAAGAGAAAAGAAAGAAAAAAACCGUAUACCACAGAAAGUAACAAACGUACGUACUUAAUUUUUUUUUUUUUAAUCACCGCAGCAACAUAUCCACCAGUCACUUGAGUGAAAAAAAAAGAAAAAUAAAAAUACGCGAAAAAUAUCGCAAUAUAUUGGCUGUUGGGGUAUUUGAAAUAAAAAAAAGUGGCGUUUAGAAGAGAGAGAAAGAUUGUAUGUAAAUUUUUAUGUGCGAUAAAUAAUUGAUCUUAUACAGGUUUUGCAAAAAUGCAUUUCUUUGUUGAAUAAAUCCUGACGUAAUCAUCUGCAACCAUUAUCUACGUAAUUAAUUCCCAUCCAAACAACAAAUUCUAUCUCGGAAAACUGAAUGGAGAACUGAACGUGUAGUUCGUGAUAUUUUUAUAGCAUAUUAUAUUAUUCUAAACAGAAAAAAAGAAACGCUAACUACAACAAUUACCAACAAAGCAAAGUCUAUCCGCUUUUCGGAUAGUUAUUGUUAUUAUAAAUUGACUUAUAAAUCCAUAAUCACGCGAGCUCUACUCAGCAAGACAAAAUAUUUUUAAUAAACGUUAUUUAAAAAUAUAAGAUAAUUGAAGAUUUAUAGAACUUCGAAUCAAAAAUAAAAGUAGACAUACCUUUGUCCAAUAUGAUUUAAUAUCCAAUGGCAAUUGAUUCUGUUUGCUGACUCAACAGCGAUCAAAUUACAAAAACCGCUCAAUUAAAAGCAAAAAAA